AUGUCUCAAUCCACACUUCCGUGCACUCUUGAAUGGAUGGAAAACAGCUUUGGCUUGGUGCAGUCCGAAUCUAUGGAUCUACAAAACGAUCCGCGGUUCUUCCAAGCGAAUGUCUUGAACAAGAGGCUUGCAGCUUUCUCCAAGCUUGGCGUCGUCUCCUCACUGAUGGCCGGUUUUCUCAGAGCGCUUUCAGAACACUUCGUGAAUCGGUCUUAG